UGAUCUCGCAUCCUCCUCACCUUCUAAGUGUAGGCUCUUAAGUGUAAGCGUACGAGUGGAGCACUGUCCUCCGCCAAGUUUCGUAGUGAUGGCAGUCGAAGAAGAAACUAUAGCGCCCCGCUCGAUCCAUGCCCGUAUCGCAGCCCUCAACAUCAACCAAGUCGGCACCCCAAUUCCCAAUGCUGGCGCGAGGGGCGGACACUCCAUCGCGAAGGCCGCCGGUGGGAAGAAGCCGCCUCCGCCUCCUCUCCCGCCCAAACGACAUGAACAAUCACCUCGAUCCGAAUCGGCAGAUAUCCCGUUAAAGAGCAAUGGAGUGGCCACCGCCCGGAGAAUUGGACACGGCACCGUUCCGGCGAGGCAAACUCCCCUCGAAAUCCUCCCUCCACCCGGCGUGAGUUCCCAGAACGGCGCAGCAGAAUUGAAACCGGCACUGCCACGGCGUCCGCAAAAGUCUCCCACGGCAGAACAGCCACCAUCACUCCCUGCUCGUCGGCCAUCCGAGGCACCCUCGAGCAGACGAGCAUCGAUUGAGUCCACGUGCUCCGCCGUGUCAGGAAAGUCCUCCCUUUCCAGCAUCGCACGGGCAAAUGGAAGCGUGGAAUCACUGGCGUCGACCACAUCCGGACGAAUUAAGGCCCCUCCAUAUGAUCCUUCGACGCUUCCCCCCUUGCCGGAGAAAAGGGCGAAAGACGAAGGCAAUAAGCCUGCGUUACCGAAUAGGCGGAGCACAAGCAGGCUGGCGGUGGAAGACACCGAGGAGAGGCCCCCGUUGCCAUCGCGAACGAGAACCGCGCCGGGCGGAAACGCCAGCGAUAAUAGCAGACCUAGCUUACCCAAACGAUCAGCUCUCGACUGGGCUAUGAACAAAGACGCCGAAACUCCUCCCCAACUACCGCGCAGGGGACAGAAUGGCAACUCUGCCGCUCCGCCCCCAAUCCCACUCUCAUCUCGUCCCGACCUGGGCGAGCUGAACAAGACCAAACCACAUCUCAACGGCGCGUCCAACGGCGCCUCAGCGCUGGAUAAUUCGAAAGCGCGCUGCCUCAUCUGUCGCGACUUCCAGGCGGUGGACGAACACGCGGCUCGCUUCCCACGCCAAUCAAUCCCAUCCAACGAUAUGAAAUGGCUCGCACAUCAGCUUACGUCCCCGUUUCCGGCUCACGUCGACAAAGCGCGUGCGAUUUUUACUUGGACCCACCACAAUGUCGAAUACGACUGCAAGGCCAUCAUUGACAAGAGCACCCGAGCUCCUAUGACCGCGGAGAACACCAUCGCUCGCGGCCUGGCGGUUUGUGAAGGUUACGCAAACGUGUUCCACGACUUGGGGGUGGCCGCGGGCCUGGAAGUCGAGAAGGUGAAUGGACAUGGCAAAGGGACCGGCUAUGCUGGGGCGACGGCAGAUCGGAUUCCGCCCCCCAACCCAUCUGGUCACGCGUGGAACGCGGUCAAGAUCGAGGUGAACCCCGAGGUCGGUCCGUCAGCGGGGAUGUAUUGGAAGCUAAUCGACCCGUGUUGGGGGGCGGGUUCGGUGAACAAUUAUCAUGAAGGCUACAUCAAGGGGUUCAAACCCGCGCAUUUCAUCAUGUCCAACGACGAAUUCGGCAUCAAGCAUUUCCCCGCGGACGAGCGUUGGUUCUGCCGCUCGGACGGCCGCCCGUGGACGUGGGAGCAGUACAUUCUCAGCGAUGUGGGCAAGAAGGAUGGCCCGAAAACGUGGAGCUUCGAGCACGUCGAGCCCGGGAUGGACGAUCGCACCUUCCAGCCGACGACGGGCAAAAUCCCCCUCCACGACCCGAACGGCGGGCCGACGGUCCGGUUCGCGGUGCGACGCAAGUGCCCGCAUUGGGACCCCCUCACGAACGGCAUCGGGAAGUCAUACCUCUUCUUGGUGAAGGUCGGGGAUCGGCCCGGUUACCUGCAAGAUCAGCUGCCGAUGAAGCACGAUGGGUACAACUGGUGGCUGGACGUGCCGCGGCGGGAGCUGGGGAAGCCGGGGGAGCUGGUCGAUAUUCGGACCGUGGGCACGAUGGGCGAGAAAGACGGGAAAGGUUUGACAGAGGAUGAGUUUUAUCGCCUGAUGAAGAGUUCAAGCGGCAUCACCUUUAACUCCAUCCUGGCGCAGUGGGAGUUGGUCUAAGGCGUUUGAAUCCGCCGAACUGGCUGGUUCGAUCCGAACGGGUAGUUUCCAACGACAGCACAGCAUGAGAAUCUGACGUUCCUACGAUGACAUUACGAGCGUUGAAUAGAUACCACUCUUUGUUGGAGUUAUGGCGCAAUGUACGGUUCGAUUUUUUGCUCAAUACUAAUGGCACCGCAUUUGACAUCAAGAACCGUGUAGCCGUGCCCUCACAACUGAAGUCUGAGGCCAACGGAAAGCUCGGGACGGCGAUCUCUGGGACUCUAGCUGAUCAAUCUUUGAAUAGUGGGGAGGAGUCUCUAAAAAUCGUGCAUUUUAUUAGGAUUAUAGUCAUUUAUGCCUAUGGAGCCAUUACCAAGCA